AUGAGGCUAUCCCACCAGCUUGCGGCCGUCCUGGCCUCCUAUGCGACGACCCCUCUUGCCCUAGGCAAGUCUUUCCAAUCGACCCCGGUGAUGGGCUGGAACUCGUACAACCAAGUGGCCUGCAGCCCCAACGAUAGUGUCAUUGCAAGCGCCAUAAGCUCGCUGGCCGACCGUGGAUUUGUCGACGCUGGCUACAGGUAUCUUCAGGUCGAUUGUGGUUGGGCGUCUCGCGAUCAACAGCGCAACUCAUCCACCAAGGCUCUGAAGAUCGACCUGGACGCUUUCCCCGACGGCCUGCAGCACCUCAGUGACCUGGCCAGGUCUAAGGGGAUGAUAUGGAGUAUGUAUAGUGAUGCCGGGACCCGCAUGUGCGAUACCGAAGUGCCCAGUCCUGUUCUCGGCUCUCUAGGAAAUGAAGCAGCCGACGCUGAGCUGUUCAAGUCUUUGGGCACUGCCUACGUCAAAUACGACAAUUGCUAUGUUGAUGGGCCUGAUGCUUCUCAGAACGCUCCCAAGGACGCGAGGCCUGACUUUGUAUCCCGCUUUACAACCAUGUGGGAUGCACUGCAGGAGGUCGGGAUCGACGGGAUGCUGAUUUGUCAGUGGGGCGUUCCGUUCUCUACAGACAGUGGCCUCCAGGGUCCCGACAAAUGGUCACGGGAGAUAUCAACAUCGUUUCGGCUGUCCGAUGACAUCGCGACUGGGUGGGACAACGUGUACCGUAUCUACAACCAAGCCGUCCACAUCGCACGAUCCGGGCUCAUAGGACCCGGUCACAUUGCCGACGCCGACCUCCUCGAAGUCGGGAACCCGGGUAUGACUGAUGUCGAGCAGGAAACGCAUUUUGCCAUCUGGGCAAUGCUGAAGUCUGCGCUCAUGAUCUCGACCGACGUCUCGGCCUUGUCCGACAGCGCUGUUUCCGUGCUCCAGAACCCGGGUCUUAUCGCCAUCAACCAAGACGCAGCUGUCAAGCCAGUAGAGCUUGUGCAGCGCUACACCUCGGACCAUGAUAUCUGGAGGGGAGAUCUCGCAAACGGAGACCUCGCAGUCCUGGUCGUGGACCUGAGUAACGAGACGCGGACUCUCGGCCUGGAUCUGUCUGAGAUCGGACUGUCGUCCGCCACGGUCCUGAAUCUCUGGAACAAUCAGACCAUCGACGACGCCACAUCUUUCUCAGCACAAGUCAGCGGCCACGGAUCCCUUGCGCUGCGCCUCUCCAACGUCCAGCCCUCAUCGGCUAGUGCGCCCUCAUACAACUACGUUGCUUUUGAGACGGGCACCUUGACGGAUGGCGCCAACAUCCAGCCCUGCUCCGGAUGCGCAUCGUCCAGCAAGGUUGGAGGCAUCGGCGGCAGCUCGGGAGGCAAGGUGGUGCUGUCGAAUAUCCGUACCUCGCAGGCCACACAGAACGUUAUAUUCGACUACAUCAACGGGGAUGUCGGCUACCUUGGCGGUUCCAACAAUGAACGUUUGGCAUCCGUCAGCGUCAGCGGCGGAGCAGUCCAGACCGUGUCUUUCCCCCUGAGCGGAUACAACUGGGACACAGACGUCUAUCGGGGCUACAGUGUUGAGCUUUCCGGGUUCAGCACCGACAGUGCUAACAACAUUACUGUUUCUGGUUCUGGUUCCGGGACUGACCCGGCACCGCAGUUUGACAGAAUCGGGAUCGUUGCAUAG